AUGCUAAUAGCUUUUAGCAUUUGGACGUGUUACAGUGCAGUCUACGCAAAGACGGAAUCAAAUGCUUCUGGUACUGCGGUUAUUGCGAUGAUAUUUCUUUUCUACGGUGUCGCGGGAGCAGUGUGGCCUGGGCUCACAGUGUCGUACACCGUUGAGAUAUUACCAUAUAAUAUUCGCGCCAAAGGCCACACCUUGUCUCUCAGUGGCGUUUUUAAUCAGUGGGUCAAUCCACUAGGCCUUGAAAGCCUGCACUGGAGAUUUUAUUUAGUUUAUAUUGUUUCUUCGCUUUUUCUCACAUUGAUACUGACGAUCUGCUUCCCUAGUCUCGUGUUGGAGUGUUUGAUCAUAUUCUACUUCUUCCCUGAAACCAAAGGACCGACACUAGAAGAAAUUGGAGCGAUGUUUGAUGGCGAGCAAUCCGCGACUGGGAUUGCGCAGGCCAAGGCAUUUGAGAAGGUUAUCGCUCAUUGGGAUACCAAGCGGGACGCAUGA